UUUAACCCCCCCCCCCCCCCCAGAAAAAAACACCAGGCUGGUGUGCCUGGACCCUGCAUUCACUAUGUCCGGUCUCCCCGAACCCCGCAUUCACUAUGUCCGGUCUCCCCGGACCCCGCAUUCACUAUGUCCGGUCUCCCCGAACACCGCAUUCACUGUGUCCGGUCUCCCCGGACCCCGCAUUCACUGUGUCCGGUCUCCCCGAACCCCGCAUUCACUAUGUCCGGUCUCCCCGAACCCCGCAUUCACUAUGUCCGGUCUCCCCGGACCCCGCAUUCACUAUGUCCGGUCUCCCCGGACCCCGCAUUCACUAUGUCCGGUCUCCCCGGACCCCGCAUUCACUAUGUCCGGUCUCCCCGGACCCCGCAAUCACUAUGUCCGGUCUCCCCGGACCCCGCAUUCACUAUGUCCGGUCUCCCCGGACCCCGCAUUCACUAUGUCCGGUCUCCCCGGACCCCGCAUUCACUAUGUCCGGUCUCCCCGGACCCCGCAUUCACUAUGUCCGGUCUCCCCGGACCCCGCAUUCACUAUGUCCGGUCUCCCCGGACCCCGCAUUCACUAUGUCCGGUCUCCCCGGACCCCGCAUUCACUAUGUCCGGUCUCCCCGGAACCCGCAUUCACUAUAUCCGGUCUCCCCGGACCCUGCAUUCACUGUAUCCGGUCUCCCCGAACCCCGCAUUCACUGUAUCCGGUCUCCCCGGACCCCGCAUUCACUAUAUCCGGUCUCCCAGGACCCCGCAUUCACUGUAUCCGGUCUCCCCGGACCCUGCAUUCACUAUAUCCGGUCUCCCCGGACCCUGCACUCACUAUAUCCGGUCUCCCCGGAACCUGCAAUCACUAUAUCUGGUCUCCC